GACACGGAGUGGAGAGGACAGAGGGAGAAACAGGCACCGAGACACUUCAGAGAUGGGUGAGUUAUAACUGAGAGAGCAGGAGGAAAGGCAGAGAAAGGAAGAGAAGGAGAGCCGUGAGGAAGAGAAAGGGAAAGGAGAUCAGAGACUGAGUCAGCCUCCAGAGGGCAAACACCAGGAGACGAGUUCAGGGAACACCCCAGCACACCAAGAAGGACCUGUUCUCUCUGAAUCUUCACCAUGAGCGCAAGGAAGAGUUGCCCCCUGCCACUGGGGCAAGGAGACCAGGAGGAGAAGCAGAGCGAGGGCGCUCCCGACCUGGAGCGACAGGAGUGUGAGAUGGAGCUGAGGAACAAAGCUAUUCUGCAACAGAAGAGGCGCCUCAAACAGGCCACCCAGUUUGUGCACAAGGACUCUGCUGAUCUGCUGCCCCUGGAUGGCUUGACAAGGCUUGGCACCUCCAAGGAUCUGCAGCCUCAUAGUGUGGUCCAGCGGCGCCUCUUGGAAGGCAACCUGAACAAGCUCCGGGGCGAGGCCAGGGGUCUGCCUGCACGGGUUCAAUCUCCGCUGGCAAAGGACCAGGAUGAAAAAAUGGAAAAGGACAGGAGAAAAGAGACUUCACCCCUGCUAAUACAGUGCCAGUGCCAAGGUCAGGUAUUGAAAGCAACUGUUAACACUGGGUGUCUACCAAACCUCAUCUCCAAGAGGUGUUUAAACCAGCUGGGGCUGGAAGAAGUGUCUGCCAUGGACUGUGGAGACCUCUCUCCUCCCAUCCCCAGCGUUGUUGGCCGAGUAGAACAUUUGGAGUUGCAAUUUGGCCAGGAGACAGUGCUGUGUUCAGCACUGGUUGUAGAUGAUGAAAUGCUGGAGUUUUGCAUUGGCCUCCAGACUCUGUUGUCUCUUAAGUGUUGCAUCGACUUGGAGGAAGGAGUCCUGAGAUUUAAAGCACUGAGUGAGGAGCUGCCUUUUCUACAUGCCUCUGAAGAGCCUGGUCAGUGA